CUCGCCGUUUAUUUCCUGCUGCAAAGACGAGCGGCGUCAAGACUGACUGGGAAGACUGAACACCACCUUCUUAAAAACUGUACCAUACAAUGAAACUGUUAGCAAUAUCCCCUUCUCUCGAUAUCCGCUUCGUCACGGUUAUACUGCUGGUGAUGGGCCUCUGUACUCCAGGACAAGCAGAGAUAACCAGUCUGGACUCAGGCAACAUUGAUGAUGUCCUAAACAAUGCUGGGGUGGCAUUAGUGAAUUUUUAUGCUGACUGGUGUAGGUUCAGUCAGAUGCUUCAUCCAAUUUUUGAGGAAGCAUCAAACGUAGUGAGAGAGGAGUUUCCUGAUACCAAGCAGGUGGUGUUUGCUCGCGUCGACUGUGACCAGCAUUCGGACAUAGCUCAGCGCUACCGUAUCACCAAGUAUCCAACACUGAAGUUGUUCCGCAAUGGGAUGAUGAUGAAAAGGGAGUACAGAGGUCAGAGGUCAGUGACAGCAAUCGCUGACUUCAUUCGCCAGCAGCAGGUCGACCCAGUCAAAGAGAUACACUCAAUGGAGGAGGUUAAUACUCUUGAUCGAAGCAAGAGAAACAUCAUCGGAUUCUUCGAAAAAAGGGACUCCGAUAACUAUCACACAUAUGAAAAAGUUUCAAACAUCCUACGAGAUGACUGCACGUUCUUAGCUGCUUUUGGUGCUGUAUCAGAGCCUGAGCGUUUUAGUGGCGACAAUGUAAUCUACAAGCCUGUUGGUGAGAGCAUUCCUGACAUGGUCUACCUCGGCUCACUCACCAACUUUGACCUGACGUACGCUUGGGCGCAGGACAAGUGUGUGCCUCUAGUUAGGGAGAUCACCUUUGAAAAUGGAGAGGAGCUGACGGAAGAAGGAAUCCCAUUCCUCAUUUUGUUCCAUGUUAAAGAGGACAUGGAGAGCUUAGAAAGGUUCCAACAUGAAGUUGCUCGCCAACUCAUUAGUGAGAAAGGGUCCAUAAACUUCCUUCAUGCAGACUGCGAUAAGUUCCGCCAUCCUCUGCUACAUAUCCAGAAAACUCCAGCUGAUUGUCCCGUCAUUGCCAUAGACUCCUUCAGACACAUGUAUGUCUUCCCUGACUUCAAAGACCUCACUGUUCCUGGCAAACUGAGGCAGUUUGUUUUGGAUCUUCACUCCGGGAAGCUUCACAGAGAGUUCCACCAUGGUCCUGAUCCCACAGACAGCACGCCUGGACAGGAGGAGACGGGCGGAGAAGUAGCGAGCAGUCCACCAGAGAGCUCUUUCCAGAAGCUGGCACCCAGUGAGACUCGCUACACCAUACUCAGAAGGGACCGUGAUGAGCUGUGACCUAAACAGCCUUUCAGUGAUCCUGUGACUCAAUGCCACGCCCCGGGGUCAGGGAGGGGGUUAGGGUUGGGACAGGCCAGCGGGACAGAACAGUAACACCCGACACCCUUACUGAAGAAAUCAAGAUUAAAGAUUAGGACGGAGGAGGAGGAGAAUGAAGACAAAAAUGGAUUAGAAAAAGAAGACCAUGAUGCAGAAGAGAGUGCAGUUCAUGAUACAACCAUCUUGGGGGGGAGAAAAAAAAACUUAUAUUUUCAUAACUUUCAUAAUUUUUAUUUUGAAUUGAGUGGAAGGAGCAUAAAGAAGAAAAAGCAAGGGGUUGGGGGCAUAAAAAAAAGUUACUUUUAUUUUUGUGGAGGUUGUAAAUAUGUUUGUGCUACAUUGGAAUCACAAUGUUGGUCUAAAUUAAAUGCAGUUUUCUUUAUUUUAUUCCAUUUUCUUUUUCAUAAUCCUGCUUUUUGUCAGAAGAACAAACAGAGCAGUGUCCUCACUCCAGUUUUACAGUUCUUGUCUGGUUAGUCUGGUUCAUCCUGACAGACAAUGCUUGUUUAGUCUCACUGACCUCAUGGCUGCAUCUCAAUAUGACCAACUCAAAUCUAAUUCAUUUGUAUAGCACAAGUUAAAGUAUGCCCGCCUGAAGUAGCUUUACUUCCAUAUCUUCACUCACACAGAAGGAAUAAAGAAACUUCUGGUAGGACUAAUAUGUUUAAUUGAAUCUUGACGGAAGAUAAAGAGACUGAGCUACUGCGACCUAUUGAGAUGCACCUCUUUUCUCCCUGGGACAGGUCUGACGUCUCACACUGCUUCCUCAGUUCUUUUCAUGUUUUACUAUUUUCAGUACUGUGCCACAGUUCAUGUGAUUAGUCAGUUUUUCUUUACCAAUAACAGAAGAAUGCCUAAGUGAUGAAGUUUAGAGCUUUUGGCUCUCAUACUAGUCUUUUUCAUGUGGUAUCGCCCAAGCACAGCCCAACAUCUAUGACCUGCAUUCCCAACCCUGAAGCCUGGUGGUGGCAGCAUCAUGCUGUGUGGACAUCUCUGUCCUGCAAGCCCUGAGAGGGUUUUUGGUAGUAGAGCAGGUCAAAUGCAUGUAGGAUAAAUCCUGUGAUUGUUUUCUGUCUUAUCCAGGAUGCCUCCUGUUAAAUGUCAUCCAUGUCAUCUGGGAUAGGCUACAGCUUCGCUCCCCAAUCGUCCAUAGCAACUAAACGAUAACGGGGUAGAAUUGAUGGUUACAUAAGUACGUCUAAUAUAUAUAAAUAAAAAAAAAAACAUAGUUUUUGACUCAAGAUCAAUUUGUUUUUAAUUUUAAAUCAAAGAGCCUUACACUGUUGAUCAGU